ACAAGCAGCUAAAUUUCAGCGUUGGAGCAGGCCAGCUGAGGCUUUGAUGUCACGUAGUAUAUGAACGGUUAAAAUUUUUCCAGUUUCUAAACUUUGGCGCAAUUUUUACAGCUUCUGAACUUUGGCGCAAUUUUUACAUAUGAUCACACUUGUUAAAAAUUUUUGGUUUUUUAUUGUUAUUUAAUAAUAAAAUUUCAUAUAAUUUUUGUUUGAUCAACAAUGGAUCAAAGUGCAAUCCAUAAUUCAAACGGCCCUUCUCAGGGCCUGAUUCAUGUUCCUGGUUGUGAUACUUCAAAUGGUACUUCGAACGUGACCAAUGGUCCUUCUCAGGACCAAAUUUUUUCUAGUCAUCAGGUUCCCAUAUUUAGCCGUCAACAUGUGCCGAUUUCCGUUCGCAACGUGACAAACGGCCCUUCUCAGGGCCUGGUUCAUGUUCCUGGUUCUAAUACUUCAAAUGGUACGUCGAACGUGGCCAAUGGUCAACAUGUGCCGAUUUCCGUUCGCAACGUGACAAACGGCCCUUUGAAUAAUGAUGCAUCCAUUGGCAAGAUACCACUUCAUUUUUGUGAACGCUGCAACCAAUCAUUCAAUUCUAAAUGGAAUCUAAAACGACAUAAUAAACGAAUACAUGACGUUGAUAAAAGCACAUCUAAAAAUUUAUAUGAGUGCUGUCUAUGCAGACAAAAGUAUGCCGGUUAUUUAGCAGUCCAUUUAAAAUCUGCACAUGGCGUCGAAAUUCAGGUGAAAAAUUUGGAAUUUAAAGAUUUUGAAAUGUUCAAAUCAUUUUUGGAGAAAACUGAAGAAGAAACGUGCUCCAAUUAUUCGACAAGAAGAAUUGAACGGGAUUCCAAUCAGCAAGUUAUAACUGCAAAUUAUAUUUGUUCGCGCCGUGGAACCAUAUCGGCUAAUAGAUCGGAGCGAAAAAGAGCUCCGAAAUCGAACAAAACAAUCAAAAUCGGCAAUAUAUGUCCGUCACAAAUCAGUUUGACCAGAAACAAAAAUGGCACAUACACUGCCAAAUGGACAACAACUCAUGUUGGACAUGAAUUAGACAUGAAAUUUUGUCGAUUGCCAAACAAAUACAAAGAAUCGAUUGCUCAUUAUCUCAAGAUCGGAUUGCAACCAUCCGUUAUAAAGAAAAAAAUGCGCAAUCUUAUGGAUGAUUCGGAUAAAAUAACUAUGGCACAGAUGGUCACUACCAAAGAUAUAAACAAUAUCAAAAAACAAUAUAAUGCUAAAGAUAUCGCUGAAGAAUCUUUGUCUACAUUCAUCGAUUAUUUAAAAACUUCGUCGUGCUCGGUGAUAUAUUUCAAAGAUAUCGGCAAAGCAAUCGAUGGUUUUCACGAAGAUGAUUUCUUAAUCAUAUUACAGGCUAAUAGCCAAAAAGAUAUGAUGAAGGAAAAUUCUGAAAUAAUAUCGAUAGAUUCAACUCAUGACUCGAGCAUCAAAGGUUUGAUAUUGACGACAAUAAUGUGUCGGGAUAAAAUGAAGGUCGGUUAUCCUUGCGCAUUUUUGCUUUCAAAUAAAGUGAAUUUCAAAUUCAUCACUUUUUAUUUUGAAAAAAUUAAAAUUAAUCUUGGUCAAAAUUUGAAGUCAAACAUCGUUAUGACCGAUAUGGAGAUAUUGUUUUCCAAUGCAUGGAAACAUAUCUUUGGAAAUUGUAUUUUCCUGUAUUGUUCUUUUCAUGUGAAAAAGGCAUUCAACCAGAAUUUAAAUGCCAAAAUAUCGGAUAAGAAAAUCCGAGAUGUGGUACGUUCAUCAGUAAUGAAAUUAUUGACAAAUCUCGAUCCACAAAACUUCGAAAAUGAGAAGAAUAAAUUUUUGGAUAAUUAUUUACAUCAAAAUGAAACCAAUGGAUUUGCCAAAUAUAUGCUGCAAUAUUAUUUGGCAAACGAUUCACGAUAUCCACCAGAAAGGUGGGCAUAUUGCCAUAGAACGCAAUUGGGAAUCAACACAAACAUGAUUAUCGAAAAUUUUCACAAAAAAUUAAAACACCAGUAUAUGGAUGGCAAAAAAAAUCGAAAUGUCACAUCGACAUUAAAAAAAUUGCUCCAUAUCAUUAGUGAUUAUGAAAUAGAUUCUGUGGUGCGAAUCAAUCGUGGAUACAUUCCCACCAAAGUAAGAUAUCUUCGUUCAAAACACGCAGAAUCCAAAAAAAUGGUAAUUGAUAAUUUCAAGGAAAUUGAUCAUUCCUGUGGCAUCAUAACCUUGAAAUACUGGUCACAGGAAAAGAAGCGAUAUUAUGUAAUAUCGAUCAAUUCCAAUCAAGAGCCAGAUUGUGAAAUCAAAUGUGAAGAAUGUAAAUUGUGCUUGUGCCAAGUGUCAUGCAAUUGUCAUGAUUUCAUAAUCCGAAACAAUUUCUGCAUGCAUAUUCAUUUGGCCUAUAGCAAAUAUGUUUCAUUGCAUAAGGAGCAAACAAACAUUGAACUCCAAUUCGAAGAGGAAAUAAAUCCUCCGGACAUCUUAGAUCAAACGGUGUCAAUAUCAUAUGAAAAUGAUACAUUCAAAUUGACGAAGGUAGAAAACGUAUUUAAUGGUUAUAAACCAAUCAAAAAAAUUGAAAAAAAACAGAAUUCGAUAAAUUUCAUUUCUAGGAAACAAUUGACCGAUUUUGCAGCCCCAGAAAAUGUUCAGCAAAAAGUUUCGGCUUUUUGGCAAACAUAUACGAAAGAAGAAAAAAGAGUAAAAAACACGAUGGCCAAAAUUAAUGAUAUCUAUUCUCAAUCACAACAACUUGAUGAAGACCAAUAUAAUGAAUUGGUAGCACAUGCUUCGACUAUUUUCCCUCAUUUAUUUAAAAAUGAUAACGAUGAUCGGAAGAAAAAUUUAGCUCCUCAAAAACGACAAAAAACAUCAAAAAAUGUUGAUGAUGACGAUUAGUAUCGAUCGGCGCCGCAUACAAAUUAUUAUUAAAAUUAUAUAAUAUCAUCAUCAUUAUUAUAUAUGUCAUAUAUAAAUGUGCAGUCUAUGGGAGGCCAACGGCAGUCGACAAAACUUCCCAUCGACGUUUGUUCACCAACUUAAUACACGCAGUCAAGCAAAAAAAUAACGAAGUUUUAUUUGAUCACCAACAAGACAAAAAAAACAAUGUACAAGAAAUCAGUAAUGAACAAGAAUUCAAGUGAAAAGAUAAUGAAUGUAAAAAAAUGAACUGCCAGAUCGUUAGAAACUUGCUAUUUUUAUAUGAUUUUCUGAUCCGACCACUCCACUUCGACCUUUGUCCACCUUGUAGGACAAUGCACUGUGGCUAUUUCUCCAUAUCGGUCAUAACGAUGUGCAACAUAUAUUUGGCAACAAAUCCACUAGUCCACUGGUUUUAUUUUUAUUUUCACAUCAGUCAUCGUAAUCCACAUUAUCUUCUUCCUCAUCAUCAGAAAAUAAUUUUUUAUUGAUACAACAAUUACAACAACAAAA